CAUUCUUCAAAUUAGAGGUUAUAGUUUAUACUUAUACAAAUGAUGUUGAAAUGAGCCUUCUCUAACUUCUACGGUUGUCGAGGCAACUUAUCUAUUUGCGGUAGCUCGAUGGUAGCAUCUUCAAUUGUGGACCUGUUUCAACUGCUUCCAGAAGUGCAUUUAGUUGUGUCUUUGAAUACCUGAACAGUCCAAGUCUUAUGCCGGCUGUGUUCCUGUUCUUGCAUUUGGAGCGGCAUUGUUGUGGCAGGUAUUCCUGGUUUCUUAGCAGGCUUCUUAAGCAAUGGCUUUUUCUAAGAGGUAAUGUCCUUGUCUUGGUAAUUUCUUGUCACUGAAGUCAAUUCAACAAGGUUCAUAAGUUUUCUUGCAAUUGUAUUAAAAUUUACAUUACUUUUAUGGGAUCAUAAAAGUAUGGAAAUAUCCAAUGAUGACUUCUUCACAACCCUGCACACAUACCCUAGAAAAAAAAGAAAAUUACUUGAAACAAAAUGACUUGUCAUUUGUCGAAUGACAAGUGAUGUGUUCUUUUCAGUAUAAUGGUGAUUAUUGAGCAUUAUAGACCAUUAUUGCAUGUUUUGUCCCGAGUGACAUGUUGAUGAUACUAGGGACUCGUUUGCUUCCUCCCCUGGAUAAGAAGAAGAUGACGAUGACAAAUUUUCCAGAUUGAUCUUAUUCUCUCUUAAAACUGGGUGAGGCUUCUCAGAUCCUCUUUAGAAAGGCUGUGAAUCUGCAAAAGGUGAGCAUUACUGAUAUCAGAAAUGGGUGCAGAAGGAUCUAUGCCUGAGACUGAAAUGAAGCUGAGAUUAGAGAGUCUACCCUCUUUGUCUGUACCUGUUUUCUGAUAAAAAGUUUCUCUGAUGGAGAAGUUGAUCACUCAACUUCAAGAUAAGAUUCCAUGGGUAAAAGUUUAAUGAUCUUUUAGAAUUCUUCUUGUCUGGAUACCCUGUUAUUUCAGUGCCAAUGAUCAACCUUCAGCUUUCGUCAAUGAUCUUGCUUGGGUUGGUACUGGUUGUUGUACUAGAACACUGUUUGGUUGGUCCAGAGCUGGUGGAUUUGGAUGGCUCUUCUAUGCUAACAAAAGAUUCUAAUGUGCUUGAGCCUUUUGUUCACUGCCUUCUCAGAGUCAAGUUCUAG